AUGUUCUUCCUGACCAAAACGGUCGCACGCCUCGCUACCCCCUUCAUCUACCCGAUAAUCGCCCCCAUCCUCCGCCCGGCCAUCUCGCACGCCGUCGGCUAUUUCCAGCCCAUCGAAGCCGAAUUCGACUGCGAUCAUGACGGCGAUCGCGUCGUCGUUGCCAUCACCAAGGUGAUCGACAAUGUCGACAUCGUCGGCAAGCAGAUCAAAGCCGUCGUCAAGGCGCCUAUUGUCGUUACUUCUCGCGUCGUCGACAAGUCGAUUGAGGUGGUGACGAAGCUGAAGAAGAGCGCUCGUGAGGCACCAGUUUCUACUGCUAGCCAGAUUGUCAAAGACGUUGCUGGGGUUGUUAAGCCCUUUGUACCAUCUUUCUUGUUGAGAGGUACCAAGACCACCAAUCCCGCAGACCGCUGGUGGAUCAAGCCCAAAGAGCCCAAGGCGGGGGCCUGGCACUCAAUCGACCAAACCCGCACGUCUUCCUUCGUCAGGGGCACCUCCUCCUCCGCGUACCCUUCCCCUCCUCCUUCAGGUGCCGGUCCCUCCUUUCCCAGGCGCAGAGCCUCUACUCUUUUUGACGCCGCAGCGCCGACCCAGGAAGCGGACACCAUCACUGCUGUGAACCUCCCUCCUAGCGCUUACUAUCCUGAUAAUCCUGAUAUCAACACCUCUCCGCGCUCAGAGAACUCGGUUUCUUCCCUGGAUCUUGGUAGCACCAUCUCCUCCCUGGACCUCGGCGAAUCACUCGACUCCCUUACCAGCCUGACCGCCGCCAAUGUUCACCCCGCUAGCUCUCCCGUCGACGACCAUUUGGCGGCCAACCUUUCCGAGCUUUCCCUCCCGACCUCUCUCUGCGCCUCAGACCUCUCCGAGAUUCGCCUUCCGCUGUAUUCCCCUCCCGCCCAAAGCUCCUCCAACAAUAUCCCUAGCGACGCCGAGAAUUUUUCCGACAACGAAGAGGACGCAGAUGAGGGGUGCCCAGCUGAGCUUGUCGACGGCGUGGUGACGACGCCUUUUGAACCCGACAACCAGGGUCUGGGGGUCGACGGAGAAGCUCAGAUGGGAAGCGAGGAGCGCGAGGUUGAGGACGGGAUGGAGGAACCGUUUGAGACUGAGGAGGUAAAGGAUGAAGGACAGGAGCAGGAUUUGCAGUGGCCGGUAAUCGUAUCCUCCCAGCUGCCGAGCAGUCCCGCCAACAUCACCGACAUUGCCAACACAGCCAACAUGAGCCAAUAUCCAGAGCUCACCCCCGCCACCAAUAUCCGAGUUACCGAGAACACCGCAUUGGAGUCAGCCAGCACCCAUAGCCCCGUCAACGUGUCGUCUCACCAAGAGAAGGACGUCACCGCCAAUACAUCCAUCCCCCCCGAACAACCCCAAAAGCCGGCGGAAGGUCCCAUCAGCGACACCGAGACCGUCUACCCAGAGGAGGACAACCUCGAGCCCUACGUCUUCAACUGGGAAGAGCACGCCUUCAUCGACGCCACAGGCCACCUCGACACCUGGCAGCGCUUUCAAGACGCCAACGAAGGCCGCAGCCACUGCCUCCAGCGCUGCCACUGGGAGGGCGUCACCGAAGCCUACAAACCCAAGCAGGCCAUCACGCACUACCCGGGCCCCGCCGACUCGUCUGGUCAUCAACCCUUCCUUCCCGUCCCCGAGCUGACCGUCACCACCCCUGAGGGCGACACGUUCUGGCUCGACGACCCGCUGCCUUGGAACCGCCUGUGCAUGAACCAGCGGUGGCUAAGCCAGAACUUUAUCGAUGAGAAUGGGCAUCUGGAUACGUGGAAGCGGGUGGCGGACGAGGAGCAGAGGGAGCAGGUGGCGAGGGGACAGCGCAGGUUGCAGAGGGAUACUUGGGUGUUGAGCAAGUUUGCGCCGCUGGAGAAGAAGCCCGAGGGCGUGCCGGAGAUUACGGUUACGGUGCCGGGGGGGAACACGUUUUAUUUGGAUGAGCCGAGGAGUUGGGCGGAUUUGGAUGAUGAUGAGGAUUGGUAG